UGAAGCCAAAAUGGCGACGUGCAUGUUGUCGUCAAAGAUGUCGCCCUUGGUGUCACCCAUCAUUAGAUUUCUACUGAAAGAUCAGUACUAUUCAUCGAAAACGAUAUGUAACGGUGUGACUAACAUUUCCAGACGAGGCUAUUCGACGGAUGCUCUCCCCCAGCCGGCUGCAGAAGACAGCAAUGCUGCCGCAGCGUACAGCGGACCACUGGAGCACUACAACAGUCUGGUCAGGGAUGAGUCGCUGCAAGAGGACCCACAUCAAAAAGCCGUGGUUCAGACCUUGGAUAAAAUGCACAAAACCCUAAGAGGUUACAACAACCAGCCUACGUCCCUCUUCUCGAAGUUUUUCUCUAAGCCAAAGCCCCCAAAAGGGUACUACAUCUAUGGAGAUGUUGGCACAGGGAAAACGAUGGUUAUGGACAUGUUCUACUCCUACGUGGAGACAGAGAAGAAAAAGAGGGUCCAUUUCCACGGCUUCAUGUUAGAUGUACAUAAUAGGAUACAUCGCCUUAAAAAGAGCCUGCCAAAAAGGAAAGCUGGGAGGAUGGCUAAAGUCUAUGACCCGAUUGCACCAAUAGCAGAGGAGAUCAGUGAAGAGGCCUGUCUGUUAUGCUUUGAUGAGUUUCAGGUGACAGACAUUGCAGAUGCCAUGAUUCUGAAACAGCUCUUUGAAAACCUCUUUAAGAAUGGGGUUGUUGUCGUGGCCACGUCCAACCGGCCCCCAGAGGAUUUGUACAAGAACGGACUACAGAGGGUCAACUUUGUGCCAUUUAUUGCUGUGUUGAAGAACUAUUGCCAAGAGCUUCGUCUGGAUUCUGGGAUAGACUACCGCAGAAGAAACAGACCCUCAGCUGGGAAACUGUACUUCCUCUCAAGGGAACCUUGUGUUGAGGCAAUACUGGACAAGAUGUUUGACGAGCUGGCCUUCAAACAGAACGACAUAACACGGCCAAGGACUCUGAAACUGCUAGCCAGGGAGGUCAGUCUUAUGAAAACCUGUGGGACCAUAGCAGACUGUACCUUCGAGGAGCUGUGUGAUAGACCAUUGGGUGCCAGUGACUACUUGGAGAUUUCCAGGCAGUUUGAUACUGUAUUCAUCAGGAACAUUCCCCUGCUCACUAUGAACAAGAAGACUCAAGCGAGACGCUUGAUCACGCUUAUAGAUGCCUUCUAUGAACACAAGGUACGAGUGGUGAUUCUGGCCGAUCACCCUCUGGAUGACAUCUUUGUACACGACGGAGAUCACGAACACCACCAUCAUGAACUCAUGGAUGAUCUCAACCUAAAAAAGAACAGCCUCAAUUUGUUGGGGCAAGGUGUUGAAAGCCUUCGACAAGGAUGCUGGCCCAUGUUGACUCCAAUGCUUCCCACAGUUGUCAAGUUGGCUGGAGGUCCUUUGGGUGGUGGACCAUUCUUGAUACACACAGGAAACUGUUGAGCAUCAAAAACCCAGCAGAGUUGCAGUUCUUGACACACACAAACUGGUGCGCCGGGCACCUACUACCAUACCCCGUUCAAAGACACUCAAGUCUUGAAAUCCAUGUUUCAAUUGUCUCAAGGCUUAACAAUCCUUCUUUAACCUGUCUUCUCCCCUUCAUCUACACCAGGGGUCUCCUAAAAGGUUAAUCGCAGCCCACCUUUAAGUAGCUCGCCAAACAAUUCUGAAAGUAUAUGCGAUUUUCAAGUACUCCACCGUAAACGGUUAUUAACAAAUAUCAUUUGUAUCUAUUAUUUGUUAUUUUCAAACUUUCCAAUUAAAUGAGCAGUAGCAAUACAGAAUCAUCACUCUACUGGUGCCUUAGAAGGCAUAUUCUUUUACUCACUAGAUGCACAAUUUAGGGGGAAUUUCUUCCAGUCUUCCAGAACAAAGAUAGAACAUUCUAUUUUGUUGUUUCUCUAUGAACAAUUGUAAUUUUGAGAGUGACAGACAAAAAAAAUACAACUGAGAACAUAAUUUGGGAAAAUAAAAAUCACAGAUUUUAUAGGGUCCCCUUAGUGGUUUAUUAACCAUUUAGUUUACCAGGUAUAUUGACAGUACAUAGUGCACUACUUUCUCUGGUACACUAAAGACACUGGAGAAGAGAAUAAUGUGCUUAUUUGAAAGCUAGAAAAGUAUCUUGCGACAUGUUUUAUAAAAAAAAAAGUAGUUAAUCAUGCUAGAAAUGUUUGGAGCCCCCUGAUCUAUACCGAUUUGAAGUGGAUUUAACAGGUGACAUCAGUAAGGGAUCAUAGCUUUCACCUGGUCAUGGAAAGAGCAGAUGUUCCCAAUGUUUUGUACACUAUGACCUUCUGUUUGUUGACUUCUCAGCUUCUCUCCAAAACUGCUUUGUUCUCAGGCUUUAGGAAAAUACCAAACACUCUCACUAAUGGUGUUUUUCUAUUGAAUGCAUUUACACCCUCAUGUGUUGUUCCUGGAUCAGGAUGCAGCCAGUGAGUUGUCUAUCUUCAGUGGAGCAGAGGAGAUCUUUGCCUUCCAAAGGACAGUGUCUCGCCUCACUGAGAUGCAGACUGAAGAGUACUGGCUGGAAGGGGACAGGAGCACCAUCACCACGUAGCUGUACAGUACCCCUCACCAACCCUCUAAACCCUUCACUACCUGCAAGGACAGUGAAAACCACCUCACCAGUACAGACUAUCAGUUAAUUUGACGGGAUCAGUUUGAGCGUGCUGAGGCGCAGAAUCACCAAUCAUGAUCACAUAUAAUAAGCGUGAUUUGAAAAUCAGUGAUUCUACGCCGUUCGACUGCAAAGUAGUCCGUCUCAAACAUGCACAUACACUACCACGAGGGACUCCAAACAAUGGAAUAUAUUUAUUAUACUAAGAAAGUAUGACUUCAAGCCUUUAUGAUUUUACUUUGCCAUUGCACUUUACAAACUGACCAUAUUGUGCAGAACAUUUUAAGUUAAACCUUUAUCUGUGGAUUUUAUUCUAUACUGUACACAUACAGUAGAUAGGGUAUAUUGUGUGAAUGGCUUUUGCAAAAAAGUUCAAUGAAAUCCACUUCUAAAAAUGGAACUACUGGUUCAAGGUACAUUUGUUAUUGUAUUGAUAUCUUAUCAUGAAAAGGAUUGUCUAUUUGAAUAAGUGAUGUACUGUAUUAUUUUAUUGAGACGAUCAUAGAGAGUGAUGACUACAGUAUGGUUCAUAUGGAUGUAUGUAAGGCUGCUUGUCUCUGAUGUUGAAAGCAACAUCCUGCCUUCAUGGUUUUUAAGUUUUAUUUAGCAAACAGAAAUUACUGUAACCUGAGUGCCAGCCUAUGCUGUGCUGCCAUGCCACCUCUUUGUCACUCGUUGUCAAGUCAAAUAAUUGGAGUGGGAAAGAGUACAAACAUCUAGGAUCAGGCUAGGAAACACAGAUUACUGGGCACAAUUGUGUAGUUUGACAUGACAUACACUUUAUGACCAAAAGUAUGUGGACAUCUGCUCGUCAAACAUCUCAUUCCUAAAUCAUGGGAAUUAAUAUGGAGUUGGUCCUCCCCUUUGAUGCUUUAACAGCCUCCACUCUUCUGGGAAGGCUUUCCACUAGAUGUUGGAACAUUGCUGAAGGGACUUGCUUCCAUUCAGCCGCAAGAGCAUUAGUGAGGUCGGCACUGAUGUUGGGCGAUUAGCCCUAGCUCGCAGUUGGCGUUCCAAUUCAUGCCAAAGGUUUUAGAUGGGGUUGAGGUAAGGGCUCUUUGCAGGCUAGUCAAGUUCUUCCACACCGAUCUUGAACAAAUUAUUUAUGUAUGGAACUCGCUUUAUGCACAGGGGCAUUGUCAUGCUGAAACAGGAAAGGGCCUUCACAUAACUGUUACCACAAAGUUGGAAGCACAGAAGCAUCUAGAAUGCUGUAGCGUUAAGAUUUCCCUUCACUGGAACAAAGACCUAGCCCAAACCAUGAAAAACAGCCCCUGACCAUUAUUCCUCCUCCACCAAACUUUACCGUUGGGGCUAUAGAUUCGGGCAGGUAGCGUUCUCCUGGCAUCCGCCAAACCCAGAUUAGUUCGUCGGACUGCCAGAUGGUGAAGUGUGAUUCAUCACUCCAGAAUGCGUUUCCACUGGCAGCGAGCUUUAAGCUACUCCAGCCGACGAUGAUCUUAGGCUUGUGUUCAUGAAGCCCCUGACUAACAGUUAUUGUGCUGACUUUGCGUCCAGAGGCAGUUUAGAACUCGGUAGAGUGUUGCAACCAGGACAGAUUCACUUCAGCACCCGGCAGUCCCGUUCAAAUUGUUUUUUGGCCUACCACUUUGCGGCUCAGCCGUUGUUGCUCCUAGACGUUUCCACUUCACAAUAACAGGUAUUGUAGAUAUUUGAUAGAGUAGUGGCCCGAAGGAACACUUCAUGUAUUGUGUAAAGUCUUAUGAAAUGUCAUGUAAUAUUUAAAAUUGCGUAUGACCUCUGGAAGAGUAUGGGGAUCCUUAAUAAAUACAAACAGCACUUAUAGUUGACCGGGGCAGAAAUGUGAAAAACUGACUUUUUGGAAAGGUGGCAUUCUAUCUGCUACGUUGAAAGUCACUGAGCUCUUCAGUAAGGCUGUUCUAUUGCCAAUGUUUGUCUAUGGAGAUUGCAUGGCUGUGUGCCCGAUUUUAUACACCUGUCAGCAACGGGUGUGGCUGAAAUUGCCGAAUCCACUAAUUUGGACAUACUUUUCUAUACAGUAUAUAUAGUGAUAUAUAUAUAUCUUUACUGUGUAGUACCAUGUGUAAUUUUGCCUUCCAUGAUUAUAAUAGUAUUAUAAUUAUUAUUUGAAAUACUAAGUAAGUACCUUUUGUAAUUAUGCAUAAUUAUUGUAUUAAAUGUCUUGGUAUGUUGCCUUUA